AGAUAUAAUCGUAAUGAAUCAAAAAUUGCAAAAAUUCAAAUCUCCACGCAUCGGAAUUUCAAACAGCGUCAAACAGGUUCUUUCGACACUAUUCCCGAUCAAAGAUGUUGAGAGACCGCUCGGAAAGGAAUGUCACAGCGUCCUAAUUUCAAAAUCCCCCGUAUACACCAGAGCUCUCCGUGCACCACGAGAUCUCAAGCCGGGCGAGUCAAUUGUGAUGAUUCGAGGAUUUUGUGCAUUUCAUCAUGAAAUUCAACCAGAUCACAGAAGUCAGAGAUAUCUAUUCACAUACGGUCCUGUCUAUUUGGAUGCUCGCGCGAUGUCAAAAAAUCCGGGAAAAUUUGUCCGCAGAAGCUGCAUUCCGAAUAGUUAUCUUAGAUGUGGAAGAACUGAUUCAGAAUUCUAUCUGAUUAUCGUCGCAAAGGAAUUCAUUCGAAAUGGAGUUGAGAUUACUAUCGAUUUUAAUGCUGAUGUCUUCCCAUUGUGUUCUCCUUUAGAAUGUAUUAUGCACUCGAUGGAUCGUGGGAAUUGUCGAAAGAAUGGUGGUUAUAUUGGACCGCCGAAGCAUUUUCCUUCAACCAUUUCUCCAAUCAAUCCGAAGCCAUCACAACCUCAGUUCGAUGACGAACAAAUGAAUCUACUGAAAUCGAUUAUCAACCAGUCUAAGAUCGUUUCGAUGAUGCCACGAGACACGAAACACUUGUGCCACGAGUUUAAGCAGGAAUAUGGCUCCUAGAAGACUGUAGAGGAGCUCUACUAUGGCCUAGAUUUCUUGAUUUCGAGAUUUACCAGUCAAAUUAUCUCGUCAAACAUUGUACUGAAUAAGGACCCUCUGAUAAAUGCUCAAACUUUG